UAGUUAUAAGUAUAUGUUUAAUACAUCGAUAUUAUGUUGCAGAUGAAAGAAAAAAUAACCCUAAAGAACGUCUGAGCUGUAAAGGGGACAAAAAAUGCAUUAGAAAAACGUCAAGCGACAAACCGGCACUAGUUAAAUCUAAAAUAAUAUCUACAUUGAAACCGGCUUCUGUCUUUAAUGAUUAUCCUUAUGAAGUUGCGAUGAUGUUAGGAAGUAAUAAAAUAGAAAGGCCAAAAGCAAUAAGAAAAACAAUAGAAAGCGAAGAUGUAUCCAAACUCGUUAUACCAUUAACUGAAAGUAAAGAGCCCCCUCAAGUUAUAGUAGACACGUUAGUUGAAACAGAAUCCCAAUUUGGAAACGUGAUUAAAUAUAACGACACAGACGACAUUAAUAGUACACCUAAAAGAAGUAUGAAAAACGAUUAUGAAAGUGAAAUUAUAAAAAAGAUAGAAUAUACAGAAGAAAUUGAUAAGCUAAGCAACCAUAACAAAAGUGGUAAAAUCGACAGAAAUGCUUAUGAUAAUCAACAUGGAGUUUGGUACCAGAAUUCUGCUCUUCUUGACAUAAAACAUGAUACGAGUUCAUAUAUUGUGGAACCUCAUAAAAAUAAACCAAUAAAUGAAAGGGGACUGAUAAAGGUCCUGUCGAUGUUGACAAAGACUUUUAAGAAAAUAAUUAAACAACACAGUGAUAUAAGAAAAAUAUAUACCAAAUUGAAUAAUCUAGAUGUUGAAAUAAUGAAAAACAUAACAGAUUUCACUAAAAAAAUUGCAGAAAUUGAACAGAAAUAUUCAUUUAUUAUGGGUGUGUCUAAAAAAAUUAAAGAGUUUAAGUCUAAAAUGGAUUUGAAAGAAGAAUAUUUCAAACUGAAAGAUAAAGAAAUGAGUAAUAACUUGAUAGAAUUUGAAAAUCAACAGAAGAAAUUCUUGUUGCAACAACGUCAGUUUUACAGUAUACAGAAGUUAAUGUUGGAUCAAAAUGAAAAGAUAAAUAUGAAACAGAAUUUGAUAGCUAAAACGCAAAGCGAAAUAUCCCAUAGACAGUAUAACUUCGCUCGUAUACUGAAGAAAGCUAAGCAAAUAUACAUUGACAACAAAUAUUCAUCUCCUAUUAAAACGGUUACAACUACGCUUAAUCCCAAGAAUAAUAUUGUAACAACUACAGAAUCACCUAACAAAGCAACACAUACCACAACCCAGGAAUCAACAAGUGAUUCAAUAAAAAUUAACCUUUUUUCUAUACCAGCACUAAAUAAAUUGCCUAACCAAGACCCUUUCAUUCUGAACGAGAAAGACAAAUCACCUGUUGAUGAUUUGGUUUAUAAAUAUUACUUUAAUAACACAUUCAUUGAUAACCUUAUGAAAAGCAAAGUUCUUAAUAAUUUUAUGACUACCGCUGGAAAUACCGAGCUCACUAGAAACGCAAAGAGCAAAAGGGACGAAGAUAUCGUCGAAACUACAUUAUUGUUACCGGUGAAAACUAAAGAUAUCGAAGGGAAACUCAGUCGAGAAAAAAGAUGGAUUCGCCAUACUCAGUCAGUGUCGAAAUUGAAACGUAAAUUGCGAGGUAAAACAAAUUCUGAAAAUGAAGAUAUAAAAGAUGAGAAACCUAUUAGAUCAAAAACUCUGGAAGGUUCAAUGAUGAAAGUAGAUAUUGCAAAAACGAAACUGUUUUCGAAUAAGGAAAAGAACGAUCCUUUUAUGAUAAUGGCUAAAAGUUUUUGCAAUGAAAUUGGACAAAACACAAAUGAUCAAGUCUUGCAUUGGUGCAUGGAGAAAGCUUUGAGAAGAUUACAAUUUAUAGAUCUGAAAAUGCCUUUUACUGUGCCUAUUCAAACUGAUACUAGUCAAAUGACAACUAAUGGAUCUCCAGUAACAGAACCAGAAUCGAAUAACAAUAAUAUCCCGCGUCAUAAUCAUGAAGGUAUUAGAAAUUGGAUUUAUUAAUAAUAAUCACACGACAUUUUUUUUUACUUAAAACUAAGUAGCUCCAACCACUGUUACAAAUAUAAAAAAAAUGUUUGCUUAUCAUAUGAAACCAUAACAUGAACCGAAACAUGCAAUUUAUUUCUGUAAUAAAACUUUGUAAUCCAUAGAUUAAGGUCUUAGUCUGCGUGAACUUUUGAAAUACUUUCCGAAUUCCACAUAAACUAACUGUAACAUAUUCUGAAAGGAUUCUUCGAGGCUACAGUUCCAAUACGAAAACAGAAAAGGGGUUUAUUCUAGUCUCUUUCGAACUCAUCUAUAACCUUUUGCCCUGAGCAGAAAUCUUACAUUAAUAUUAAAAACUUUUAUUAUUACAGUUUCUCUAUCAACUAUGCCAUCAGUUUCACCAUUCUUUGCAUCAUCUGUUACAACUCAACCAUUAGUAGAAACAACAACAAUCGCAUAUUUCCCAGGUCCGUUUUUAUUUAUAAACAGUGUGUCCAACAGAUCAAUUUCUUAGAAUUCACCACUUUUACUACUUUUGUCUCUUUUAUAAAAAGGCAUCAAAGAAACCACUUAUUUAUAAAUUGUAUAACAUCUGAGUAUUAAUUCAAUAUUGCUAUUUACGUAGCUCAUCCAGCAAGUACUUGAAAAAGUCGACAGUCGUAAAGCUCAGUUGGAAAAGCAACUUCAUUUGUCACGGGGUUUUUGUUUAAGUACUAACUACAUUAUUUCUUGCAGAUAAUGACGAAUUAGAACUGAAUCUCAAACAGUUUGGUAAGUUAUAUAAUCAGUCUUUCUAAUUCCUAGACUAAAUAAUCAGUUAAGCUUAA